CGCCCGCCCAGCUGCCGCCACCGGUUCGCGGGUGCAGCGCGAUGCCCUGGAGCCCGGCCCCAGGCCCGGCCCCCGACCCGCCGCGGGAGUAGCCUCGGCGCGAGCGCGCAGCCGCCGACCUCGCCCCGGAGCCGCGAUGGGCAACACGGUGCACAGGACCUUGCCAGACCCCGGCCCCCCGGCGCGCAUGCUGGCCACCCGGCCGUGCUGCGGCCCCGGCCCCGAGCGGCGCGCGGUCCUGGGCGAGGCGCCGCGCUUCCACGCGCAGGCCAAGGGCAAGAACGUGCGGCUGGACGGCCACUCGCGCCGGGCCACGCGGCGCAACAGCUUCUGCAACGGCGUCACCUUCACGCAGCGGCCCAUCCGGCUGUACGAGCAGGUGCGGCUGCGCCUGGUGGCCGUGCGCCCGGGCUGGAGCGGCGCGCUGCGCUUCGGCUUCACCGCGCACGACCCGUCGCUCAUGAGCGCCCAGGACAUCCCCAAGUACGCCUGCCCCGACCUGGUCACGCGGCCCGGCUACUGGGCCAAGGCGCUGCCCGAGAACCUGGCGCUGCGCGACACCGUGCUGGCCUACUGGGCUGACCGCCACGGCCGUGUCUUCUACAGCGUCAACGACGGCGAGCCCGUGCUGUUCCACUGCGGCGUGGCCGUGGGCGGCCCACUCUGGGCGCUCAUCGACGUCUACGGCAUCACCGACGAGGUGCAGCUGCUCGAGAGCGCCUUCGCGGACACGCUGUCGCCGGCGCGCCUGGGCCAGGCCCGCUUCAGCGCCUGCCUGCCACCCAGCAGCCACGACGCGGCCAACUUCGACAACAACGAGCUGGAGAACAGCCAGGUGGUGGCCAAGCUGGGCCACCUGGCGCUGGGCCGCCCGCCGCCCGCCGACGCCGCGGCCGCCAUCCCGUGCGGGCCCCGCGACCGCCCGCGGCCCGCGUCGUCGCCGGCGCUGCUGGAGGCCGACCUGCGCUUCCACGCGACGCGCGGGCCCGACGUGAGCCUCUCGGCCGACCGCAGGGUGGCCUGCGCGCCGCGGCCCGACGGCGGCCGCACGCUGGUCUUCUCGGAGCGCCCGCUGCGGCCGGGCGAGAGCCUGCUGGUGGAGGUGGGCCGCCCGGGGCUGGCGGCGCCCGGCGCGCUGGCCUUCGGUAUCACCUCGUGCGACCCGGGCGCGCUGCGGCCCGCGGAGCUGCCCGCCGACCCCGACGCGCUGCUGGACCGCAAGGAGUACUGGGUGGUGGCGCGCGCCGGGCCGGUGCCCAGCGGCGGCGACGCGCUCAGCUUCACGCUGCGGCCCGGCGGCGACGUGCUGCUGGGCGUCAAUGGGCGCGCGCGCGGCCGCCUGCUGUGCGUGGACACCUCGCAGCCGCUCUGGGCCUUCUUCGCCGUGCGCGGCGGCGCCGCCGGCCAGCUGCGCCUGCUCGGUACCCUGCAGUCCAGCCCUGCGACCACGACUCCCUCAGGGUCCUUCAGCGGCUCCCAGGACGACAGUGAUUCAGACGUGACCUUCAGUGUCAACCAGUCCUCCUCGUCAGAGUCGUCCCUGGUGACGGCCCCCAGCUCCCCGCUGAGUCCCCCGGUGUCCCCAGGGCUCUCCCCGCCUGAGCUGGUGGGCAGCAGGAACGGCGAGUGCACGGUGUGCUUCGACGGCGAGGUGGACACGGUCAUCUACACGUGUGGACACAUGUGCCUGUGUCACGGCUGUGGCCUGCGGCUCAAGCGGCAGAGCCGGGCCUGCUGCCCCAUCUGCCGGCGGCCCAUCAAGGACGUCAUCAAGAUCUACAGGCCCUAGCGCCAGCCCUGGCCAGCGCGUCACCUUCCGGCAGCCCCACUGGGCUGGGCAGCCCCCAGGGCCACAGAGUCUGAGGGCAGCAGCCCACUCUCGCCUGCACUCUCCGGCGGCGGGCAGGGCGCGGAGGCCCGGGGGUCCCAGCCAGGACAGGCGGGCGUUGCUUCCAGCUCAGAAGUGCUUUGCCUGCAAAGGCCGUCCCAAGAGCGAGCUCAGGAACUGCCUGGCAGAGCUUUCAGCCGGGAAGCGGCGCCCUCUGACUGUGCAAUGCUUCUUUCUGGGGAUGGAUG